GCCGUUGGUGUUUCGAUUCAUCGGGGGUAAUUUGGCGACGAUUUUCGGUAAAAAAGGUAAGUGAUGUUUCCGAAUAAUUUGCCAUGAAUUUCAAAAAGUGAAUGUAGCUCACAGAUACAAUGUCCAGUUGACUGCAACGACUGUUUUUUCCCUGAAUUCUGACACACAUCCACUUCCUGUUUCAGAUAUUUUAUAUACACCCGUCAUUUUGAAAAGGCAGCAAAUUUAAACAACUUCGUGAAAGAAUCGCAAGGCUGUAAUUCUUGUCAUGGUUCAUUCGAUGUGCUGAUUAGUUGGAUUAAGAAAUAGAAAAAUUCAUUACUAUCUUGGCUUGAGUUGCGCCUUUAUAUUCAUCACUGUGUAACAUGGCUGCCAGUUUUCAACCUCCAAGCCAUUUGUUUGAGCGCAACAUCUCCCUCAAUGAUUUGGAUUUAGCUUUGAACGUGCGAGAGAUCGUACGAAAAGAUGUCGUGGUACCGGCAGAGGCCACCAAGCACCGCCAUCUCGGCUCUUCGACGAGCUACUCAUUGGUUCUACCAUCGUUUCAAAACUUAGAAGAGGAGUUUCGCAAGUUCGUGUUCAGCUUUCUCGUCGAUGGCCACAUUCUAAGGGAACUGGAGACGGCGAGAAGGCUGAAUUGGUGCGGUGCAUUAUGUCGUAUGGUGACUGUUAACACCCUGGGUGAUGGGAAUUGUUUAAUGCAUGCUGCCUCCAUUGGUAUGUGGGCUGUAAAUGAUCGUUAUCAAACUCUGAGGAAAACUGUCUACGAAGCUCUUGUGGAGGACGUGGAAGGUACAAGUAAGUUUUAGUAGAGGGAGGGGUGAGAGAGUACGUAGUCUUCCACUUUUUUUAUUCUCUUUCUCCCUUCCAAGAAUUUUUAAAUUAACCCUCUUCCCUUAAGAGUCUUUCGUUAUAAAACGUUUUUGCCUUGUAUGAAACUUCUUGAGUGUCGAACAUAUUUCAAAUUACAGUUUUAAGCUUAAGCAGUACUUCCUUUUAAAAGUAGUUUCCUAAUCUGAGAACCAGUUUUGACCUACUAUAAGUCCACCCGUGGAAAUGAUCCACGUAUUAAGUUAAAUGGAAAGAUACUUAGCAAAACAGAAGUCAUUAUGGUAAUUUAUUGUUCAUGAUCUAAAGAUAACUCAUUUGUAUUGUCAGGAAUAUUUCCUGCUGAUCAACUGAGAGUUCAUUGUUGUAGCAUGUUUUAGUAAUGACAUUAGUUGAUGAGGAAGUAGAACUGCUGUUGUUCGCUGAUGAGUAAAUUCCUUAGGAGGCUGAAAAGGGGUCAUUAGUGAUGUCAGACUAGAGUUCUAAUAAGACCUUUCCAAUUAAUUGGCUUUGGAUAGUCCAAAGUAGUAGUCUAGCUCAAUGCUUUUUCUUUGGACUAGUACGGUGUUACCAAAGAAAUCAGUUAUCCUUAUAUUUUUUAGGGCAUCUGCAUGAAGGUUAUUCUAGUUCAGAACUUUGAUUCAAUGUUAUGUGUCAUGACUAAGAUGGUGUUUUACAAAUUUUGGAAGUUGCAGAGCUAAACUAAAGACCUUUUAUAUUAGCAUUUCUUACCUUUAAACUCUUUGCAAUGGAAAAAGAUUUGAUACUUGAAUUAAAAUAAGACUCAUAACCCCCAUCGAAUGUAGUGUGUCUGACCUUCAUGAAGAAAUAGCUUGGUUUAGGUUUGGCUUUCCUGUUUUCAGUAGUAAAAAUAAUUAUUGUUGUAAAUGAAAAAUGUUACCUCUUACCCAGCUGCCUAAGAUUUUCAUUGCAAGUGCUGUGGAUCUUGUACCCCUUACCUGCAUGUUGUCACUUACCAUAAUCUAUUUGUGAUCGUAUUGUAGGGUUUUAUCACGGCCGCUGGAAAUCUGAGGAGCAACGUCAGAUUUUAUUAAAUCAUAUUGGUGGAUAUGAACGUUCAGAAGAACAAUGGAGUCAUGAAUGGGAGGAAGUUAUACGGCAUAUCUCACAGACUGAAUUCCCUUAUGGUCCAAAUGGUGCACAGUUUGGAAGCCUUGAAGAAAUUCACAUAUUUGUCUUAGCCAAUAUUCUCCGUCGCACUAUAAUAGUAGUCUCAGAUGAGACGCUUAGAGGGCACUUUGGAGAUUCAUAUGCACCAAUUAACUUUGGAGGUGUCUAUUUACCCCUGCUUUGGGACUCUGUUGACUGUGUAAAAAGUCCAUUGGUUAUUGGCUAUGCUGAUGGCCAUUUUACAGCAGUUGUGAGUAUUGAAGAUGGAAAGUUGGAUCUUGACCUUGAAAAUCAGGUGUCUCCAAGUGUGACUAGCCCUUUACAUGCAGUACCGUUGGUGAAAUAUGAUGGAACACCCUUAAAUGUUCACUUCCUUUAUGAUGAUGAAGUACCACUUGCUAGUGAUCGUCUUCGUCAGUACUUAGAUUGUGCCAGAGUACCAUUUGCCGCCAACCCAGAGGAGCCGAGGUCUCACAUUCUUGUUGCAAAAUUACAUUUUGCGGAACAGCCUGCUUGCAUAAAAGAUCUCAUUGAAGGAUACUUUGCAAAGGCAAGAGAGGAAUACAGUCGAGCCUCCAGCAACAGACAACUAAGUCCACAGUUUCAGCCCGGUACCCAACAGCCAGCCCUACAAAUUGUUCGCUGCCAAACUGAGGGUUGUGAGUUCUUUGGUUCCACUGAAACUGGCAACCGCUGCUCCAAGUGUCUUAAUGAGUAUCUGAGGAGCUUAGGGACAGCAUCAGAGCCAAGAGCUCAUGUUCCACCAGGACAGAUUCCCACAGGGCAGCAGCCAAAUCCUCCUACUGCAAGAGCGAGUUCACUGUCUAUGAAUCUCCCACCUGCAAAUUCUGCCAGAUGCAGCACCACUGGUUGCAAGUAUACAGCGGUCGCCAACCGAGGUGGUUAUUGUGAAAGGUGCUUUGAAGCUGAGAGGAGUGCUGAAGAAUUGGCGGCCAGUAUGAAUCAUGUGACUUUGGCAUCAGCCAAGCCAUGUGCUAAUCGCAACAAUGGGUGUGAGUUCUUUGGAUUACCACAACAUCAUGACUUGUGUUCCAGAUGCUACAGAUCCUUCUGUGUUCGCAUGGAGAGCACUUUGGGAGUGAGCUCACCAACUGGUUUACCACCUCCUAGCCCUACAGCAACACCGGCCAACAUGUGCAAGACCAAAGGCUGCCCUUUUCCGGGUGUCCCUGCGCUGUUUGACAUGUGUGUUGAAUGUUAUUCUAAAUGCAUUCAUUCGUUCAUCACAUCUGAAGGCAGAUCGGUCGGGACAGCUGCACAAAUCAGUCGGCAACUUCCACCACCUCCACCACCACCACAGAAAAAGAUGCCAUUGCCUACAGGUGCAGGAAAGAAAGGUGUAUUGUGUGCGUCACCUGGCUGUGUCAAUGAAGGAGUAUUUCAGUAUGGUGAUUUGUGUCCAGAAUGCUAUCAGAGAAAGUCAGGUCCCUCUCCACAGAUGAAGACCAAUCCAGUUGUUGUUCCAACCACAUCUGCUACUUCAGCAGCUAAUGUUUCAGGGACUCAACCUCCUGUGAGUACUUUGUCAUCAUCAGCAACAGUUGCUUCAGUGCAUAACCUCCCAUCAGCAUCACCAAGAGCUGCUGGGCAUUACUGCUCCAACCCUACCUGCCUUAAUGAAAUAGUUGAACAAGGAAAAUUUUUAUGUUCAAGAUGUGAACAUUGGCUUGCUAGUUUGUCACAUGUUGUUCCCCCUUCAAGUUUACAGCUGCUAAGGAGGCCAGUUGAUGUGGGAGCCACAGGAGGUUCAACAGCCACAAGUAUGCCCCAGGCCCAACAGACACCUACCAAUUCUAGUGCUUUUGCAUUUCCUGUACCAACUUCAUCGCAGGAGAAAAGAACCUCCCAUCAGGCUACUGCAGCUACUGGAACUGUAAACCCAUCCACAUCAGCUCAAGGUAAUAAAUGCAUCAAUGGAUGUCAGAAGCCACCAGUUGAAGACACUGGCCUGUGUGAGCAAUGCUACCUUACUGCUCUUCAGUUUGAACUCAACAGAGAACCCAUACGACAGCCAAAAAGGCAGCAAAGUGUUACGCCACCAAUAACUUCUAGCAGUCAGGUAUGACUAUAAAGCAACUCACCAUUUAACAUAAUAGUCCAGUUUCAAAUUCAUUGUGGCUGCUGAAUAGGAGCACUGAAGAAUCAUUUACUGGUAUCCAGGGUUAGUCUAAACUUAAGGUAAAAUAUAUCACAAAUUCCAGUCAGAAGAAGACUUGAGUACAACUGUGUCUAUUUGUUUUAAUUGCAAAUUCAGGCACCUUCUCACCAGUCUUUGUGAAUAUUUUACUUUAGGUCGAGGCUAACCCUGUAUAAAUGAAUCUUAACUGCUUCUAUCCAAUGGCCAUGAUGAAUUCGAAACUGUUGUAUUGUCCUGUGUAAUCUCUUACCCAGAGAGCUCUUGUCGUUGGAGCCAAAGGCAAGAUCUGGUCAAAUCUGAUUUGUGCAUGUGAUUGCCUGUCUGGAAAAUGACAAGUGAUGUAAGAACACAUGCUUGAAAUGAAUUUUUAAAAUGGUGGCUGUGUUAAAAGGACAAAUUUGAUAGAGCUGUAAAGUUUUCUCUAAGAAAAUGUUGUAAUACACACAACUGGUAUUUUAACAAAUUUUUUUAUGCUGAUUUUGAUACCGAGAAGGUCUGUUUCUCAUAAAUUUUGAACAACAAGUUAAUUAACUUCAAAUUUAAAUUGACAGGGCUUUUGUAAUAGCAAUUGUUUUUCAAAAAAAUUUAUGAGCAUUUACUUAAAAGAUAUGGAAACGAAAAAGAUGUUCUAAGGAAGAGGUACAUACACAGUGUCAAAAAGAGGAACAGUUUUUAGUUGGCCACUGUCGCAUUAGCGGUGCAAUAUUAUGGCAGUCUAACUUGUUUGCUAUCGUUUUGCAUGUAUUUAAAGGUGGAGCAAAGAAAUAUCAAUACCCUAUCCAGCUCUGCUAGAAGUCCUCAACCAACUGCGACAUCAGCGGCGGCUAAAAAGGGGGCCUCAGUGACCUCAAUGCCAUGCACGUCAACAGGAUGUCUACGAUUUGGCACCCCAGAGAAAAAUGGUUAUUGUGAUGAGUGCUUUCUUAAGGUGAGAAGAGUGCAACCAAGUGCCCCAGCUUUUAAAGGUAGUCAGCAGCACAGUUCAAGAUCCAUGGAGCCGACUCCCCGGAUGGUUGGAAAUUUUGUACCAUCUUCCUGUCCACUUAAAGACCCUGUGCAGGUGUGCCAGACUCAAAGUCCACCUUAUGGGGCCAGAGUUAGACGCCAUGAUGCAUAUUCAGGAAAUGCUGAAGAUGAUGUCCAUGGUCGGAAAUGCCGUGGAACCAACUGCAAACUAUUUGGCACUCCCGAGACAAAUGGGUACUGUUCUCGCUGCUUCCUGGAGAGCACAAUACCUCAGUCAGGUCCUGCUUCAAUUCCAGGUGAGAAUUACAAAGCGAAACAUGUAGAACAGUUGGUUUAAUAGGGCAUGGCCUUUUGUGCGGGAGUUUCUGAGGUUUGAUUCCCAGGUGUGAGCUCAAAAUCCUUUGUUAACAACAACAACAAGGCUUUGUUGUAAGAGUUAACGUAAGUAAAUUACACUGACCUGCAGGUAGCAAAUACUAAUCUAGAUGGGACAGUAAAACAAGUGAAGGUUACAUGUAACUGUUUUAGAUCAAUAUUAUUUAUCCCCCUUUUACUAUAUAACAUGAACGCAAAGCUCUACACACCUUUCCAAGCUGUGAAGAUUCUGCAAACAAACAAACAAACAUAAAAAGACUGGCAACUAAUAAAAUAUAGCAAAGGCGCUAAUUUGGCAACCUGUACAUAUCAAGCUUCUCCAGUCUUUUUAUGGGCUUUCGGAUAUUUUAGAUGCUGGUUUAUGUAUUGCCAAAAGGCGACUUUGGAAAAAUUUAAGCUUGGAGCACUAAUUUAUUAAUUGCUAUAUUCUUCACACUGUUUUCCAUUCAUUUCUCACAGAAUUGAUGAGGAGAAGUCAAAAUUAAAUUCAGGUUAAAUUUUUUAACCUGGGUUGAUUCUCUAUUUUCUCUGUAUCCUAAUUAGCUGAUGGCCAGCUAGAAGAUGACAAAUAUAAAUACAAUUUUUUAUUGAUUGACUUUAGCCAUAGUUUUCAACACAUUUUUAUUCACUCAUGUAUUUAUUUAUUUAUUUAUUUAUAUCAACAUAUUUUUUCUUGCAGACUUCCCAUCAGAAGUGUCUUUUUUGUCCUUACCAUCAGAUCACUCAUUACCAGAGCGAUGCAGAGUAACUGGCUGCGAUAAUUUUGCUGCUUUUGACAGGCAUGGACACUGCGACGAUUGCUUCAAAAGGUUUUAUCCAGAGGUUAUUUAUCGUGAAAAGUUUACUCAAAGACAAAUAUCUGAAAUAUCUGGAGGCAGUAAUUGAAAGUCCUUUAUGUCUUUCUACCAUUCAAAAAGUAAGAGUUUCGACUCACUGAAGGCAAAGUAUAGAGUUGAACAUUUCGUAUUCUUCGUCUUCAGGCCAAGGAUGAGGGAUUGAAUUUAGUUAUAUGGACACUGUGAAGGUUGAGAAGUGAUUUCUAACAAAGCAGUCAGUCAAAGACAAUAUAUCUCAAUUUGCUGAGAGCAUUAUUCAAAAAUAAAAUUCGAAACUUAACGUAGGAUUUGUAGUCCGAGAAACCUCUACCAAAAAUAUCAGUUAAAAAGUAAGCGAAUUCACGGUAAAUUCUUGACCAAAAGAAAGUGGACCACUGUACCAGCUGAUUUUUAGAUAUGUUAUACAAAAUAUUACCAGUUUGCUUAGUGAGGUAACAUGAAACUCUUUUACAGUGUAUAUCCACACAAUCCGUUAAGCCCUAUGAUUGAUACUGGGAGUUUAAGUUGCCUUAGUGUAGGUAUAGUGUAGUAAAAACCAGAGUAAAAAAAGUCGUUAUUUACCACAGUGGAUGUGAAAAGUGAGGACCACUUCUCACAAAGACCGUGGUGAAUAUACAGUAAAUAUAUAUACAGAAUCAGUAGUUCAUUAGUCACGAACAAAUUGUUCCUUUAUUUAUGAGAAACUGGACGAAACAGGGCCUGAUCAUAAUGGUGGGUGGGUGGGGGUAAAUACAAACUUUAAUUUAGGUUUGUACGUAUUACAGUUUACAAAACCCACUCGGCCUUGGAACAAAGCCUUUCCUUCACUCACUCGAUUUUGAUCAAGAGGAAGGCAAAAGUAGGUUCUGCCCGCAGGUUGACAGACAGUGGGCCAAGUUGUUCGAAAGUUGAUUUUAAUUCGUCCAAAUUUAAGGUCACUUACCAUGACUUAAAUUUAACUUUAAUUGUAAUAAUCGCCUUGGAGCAUAAUAUUAUUGCUUGUUUAUUUAGUGAUACAGUUUUGUAUCGUUAGCUAUAGUUGCUUAUUAAGUUAGAUAAAUAUUAUUUUGAAUCGAUAGAAAUUGGCGACGGAUGUUUAGUCAAGGAAGUAAUUGUUACAGUAUUAUCUCCUCAGUUUUUCUAGGAAAGGAAAUGUCUUCAGUAUGUGUAAGAAAUUAAAAUGUUAAUUCAGUGACUAAAACUUUUGGCUGUUGUUAUCAUUGUAAAAUCUUAAACCAGCGUAUUAUUUUUUUGUCUCUGAUUAUGGCCAUCAAACCAGGCUCGGUUUGUUCAAAGCUGGGUUAAGAUUAGGCUCGAUUUCCGCCGAGCCUAGGUUAAGAUAACCCAUGGUUAGUGCAAAAUUUGAAUUCAGAUAUAAAACCUUAAAAAGUACAUUCAAUUGUUUAAUUCAUUUUGUCCCGGCACAAUUUGAUCAUUAGAUGCUCUAAAAAGAGUAAAAAAAGUUAUACGAGAAAAUGCUUUUGAACAAAUGAAAAAGAAGCCGGGAUUACAAUUUUACCCUGGGUUAGCGCUAUUCGGCCUUCGAACAACUAGGCCUUGGUAAUUAGUUAUUUUUGACACCCCUUCAUCCUCUUCCCCAAUUUUAAGACUAGCUUUACUACAAUCAAAAAGUUAAAAGACGGUUCGUCGUGACAUAUUAGCAUAAGUGCGUGGAAAAGUGGAUGCCUGAACAUGUUUGAUGUUUGAUGCUCUAAAAAGAGUAAAAAAAGUUAUACGAGAAAAUGCUUUUGAACAAAUGAAAAAGAAGCCGGGAUUACAAUUUUACCCUGGGUUAGCGCUAUUCGGCCUUCGAACAACUAGGCCUUGGUAAUUAGUUAUUUUUGACACCCCUUCAUCCUCUUCCCCAAUUUUAAGACUAGCUUUACUACAAUCAAAAAGUUAAAAGACGGUUCGUCGUGACAUAUUAGCAUAAGUGCGUGGAAAAGUGGAUGCCUGAACAUGUUUGAUGUUUGAUGCUCUAAAAAGAGUAAAAAAAGUUAUACGAGAAAAUGCUUUUGAACAAAUGAAAAAGAAGCCGGGAUUACAAUUUUACCAUGGGUUAGCGCUAUUCGGCCUUCGAACAACUAGGCCUUGGUAAUUAGUUAUUUUUGACACCCCUUCAUCCUCUUCCCCAAUUUUAAGACUAGCUUUACUACAAUCAAAAAGUUAAAAGACGGUUCGUCGUGACAUAUUAGCAUAAGUGCGUGGAAAAGUGGAUGCCUGAACAUGUUUGACUUCAAGCUUUUGAGACUGAAAUAAAAUCUACCUGAGGCUGAAAUUUAGGGCUUUGAUUUUUACGUAAUGAAAUCAUCGUUCCAAAUCCGUGUGUUUCAGGAAGAAGAGUGAAAUAACUUGAAAUGGGACAGGCCGUGAAAAAGCACUAUAAAAUUUACCAAAAAGAAAAGUGUACGAAAAUUCCAAAACCUUGAUGUCAUGUAAGUAUUUAACUUUAUGGGAACUUCUUUUAAUUUAGCCACAAUAAACUGCAACGAAAUCGUCAAGUUAAUAUGAAUACUUUUUUCCCCAUAUUUUGACGAAAGUUGUCACCGUUUUUGUUCCCUUAUAUCCACAAGCGCUGUCGAUUAUCUGUGCGGCUUGGGUUUUCUAUGCUUGUGAAUUUGAAAUCUUUCAGUAUAAAGCAAAGGGUUAAAUUCUCAGUAAUUAUAAUUUUAUUA